AUGAACAAUUCAAAGCAAACAUAUAUUAUAAACUCUAAAAGAAAAACUGAUAAAGUUAAGGAUGAAAAAAUUGUUGAAGAUAUGGUUAAAGAAGACAUGACAGAAAAUAUUGCAUCCAUAUUGCUUCAUAAUUAUGACUCUAAAUUGUAUGGAGAAGAUGAUACCUCCCAACCAACUUCAUGCACUGCACCUAUUAUACCUGCAGAGGCUACUUGCAAGAAAAAAAAAAGGAAGAGAUCUCAAAUAACAAUAUGCCUAACUAACUGUCGUUACGAGUCUAUCCGCAAAGUAGCUAGCGCUUUCGGUAUGCGCGAGGUUUCUGAAGAGGAGGCCUGGAACUUUUACUGGACUGAUAUGAGCGUUUCUGUAGAAAGAGCUAAAGAAAUGAAAAGAUUUCAGCGCAUUAAUCAUUUUCCAGGCAUGCUUGAGAUUUGCAGGAAAGAUUUGCUGGCUCGUAAUUUAAACCGAAUGCAAAAAAUCUAUCCAAAAGAAUAUAAUUUCUUUCCUAAAACCUGGUGCUUGCCUGCUGACUUUGGAGAAGCAUUGAACUACAGCAAAGCCCGUAAAAAUAAAACCUUUAUAAUAAAACCAGAAUGUGGCAGUCAGGGACGUGGCAUAUAUCUUACCAAAUCAUUAAAAGAAAUUAAACCUACUGAUAAACUUAUUUGUCAGGUUUACCUAUCGAAGCCAUACCUCGUGGACGGCUACAAGUUUGACAUUAGAGUAUACACGCUCAUUACUUCCUGUGAUCCUUUAAGGAUUUUUGUUUAUAAUGAAGGACUUGUCAGGUUCGCAACAAGCCAGUACGCGGACCCGAACAUCAACAACACGACGAACGUGUUCAUGCACCUCACCAACUACGCGCUCAACAAACACAGCCGUACAUACGUGUACGACUCGGAAGCGGGCAGCAAGCGCAAGAUAUCUACGUUGAACAAGGUGUUGGUCUCCCAAGGCGUGGACCUGGACCGGCUGUGGCGCGCCAUCGACCAAGUUAUAGUCAAGACGAUCAUAUCCGCCUGGCCCAUACUCAAGCACAGCUAUCACGCUUGUUUCCCUUCGCAUGAUAUGGUGCAUGCGUGUUUUGAGAUUCUCGGUUUCGAUAUUCUUUUGGAUCACAAGUUGCAUCCUUACAUUUUGGAAGUGAAUCACUCGCCGAGUUUUCACACGGACACGCAAUUAGAUCGCGAAGUGAAGGAGAAUCUUCUCACUGACACGUUUACCAUGUUAAAUAUAUGGCAGUGUGAUAAAAAGCGAGUGCUGGAAGAAGACCGGAAGAGGAUACGGGAUAGACUACUACAGACCAAUAAAUUUGCUGAGUACACACCUACUGAAGAAAAAGAGCCUGAGAAAAGUCCCUGGCAGACGCAAAUCCAGUGGGAAGAAACUCAUCUUGGCAAUUUCAGGCGUGUGUACCCGGUGGGCGAGCAGUACGCGUCGCUGUUCCAGCAGCCGGCGGGCUCGCUGUACACCGCCACGGCCGCCUCGCGCGCGCGCGGCGACUGCGCGCGCCUGCAGCGGCAGGACUUCCAGAAAACUAAAGCAAAAGCUGAAGCACUAAAGAAACCAUCGCAACCGAAACCCAAAGAAGUGGAAAAGUCUGAAAAAGAAGAAGCAAGUGUCUCGACCAGCGCGAGGAACGUCCCGGGGAAGCCCCGCCGCGAGCGCCGCAAGGAAGACAAGGGCAAGCUCGCCGCCAAGCCUUCCAUACAACAAGUGCAGACAGCACAAUCGGAAGACAAAGACGCGAAGCCCCCGUACGUACUGUGCUCGUACGAGCCGGACCCUAUUGUUGAGAAGGAGGAACGCGAGCGCGUCAACCUGCUGGCGCAGCGCGACUUCCUUAUACGCAGCUAUGGAAUGCUUGAGCAGAUUAAAAUAAAGAAGAAUAAAGAGAAAAUUGAAAAGCUGCAUCAGCAAUAUGAGAAUUCUCUAAAUAAAGUUGGGAACUCUUAUUUUCGUAUUGAUUUGUAUAACCGUAACUUGCCACGAGUUGGCCCUACAAGCUUAACCUGGAAACGAAUUACGUGUACAAUGUCGAGAUUGGCGCUAAGCUCGCACGUGACGUCAUUGGGCGAGCCCGCGUGCCUCGUGCGCACAACUAAUGCGAUAUUUAAGAUGACC